AUUGAUUCUGAGACAUGGAUAACACGUGUCAAGUGUAUGAAGAUGAAAUCCAGUCACUGGAAGAAGAAAUUAAACUGCUGACUGAACAGUAUAAAGAUAUUCAGCAAGAAUCCACCUUUUAUUCUGAGAAGGAGAUACUAAUGGCAAUAAAAUCAUUCCAAAGUGAAUUUCAGGGAGAAUCUAAGGGAUAUGGAUCUCCGUCAGACCUGAAAGCUCAGCUUGAAAGUCUAGAAGCAGACCUCUCCUUUUUGAUGAAAUUCACUGGUAUUCAGUUCACAAGACAUUCCAAGAAAACAGUAGAAAGAACUAGAAACAGAACAGUGCAAAAGCACAGAUUAUCAGGAACUUGCUACUCCCUGUCUUUUCAACUGGAAUUCCAGCUUCUUGAAAUGCAGGAUGAAGAGAAAGUGUCCUCUGUUAUUACUGAUCUUUGCAUUGUAAUGGAAUCUGGAGAAGAUUUGAAUGUGAGCGAGUUUGUGUCAAGAACUGAGGAACAUGGAGCUCUUUUGACAUUUUUUAGAAGCCUUUCAUCGUAUGCUGAGUGGUAUGAACAUCGUAGGCGCACCUUCCUACACUUCAAGGUGAUAGGAGCAGGAUCAGAGAGUAUCAGUUCAUAUAAGGAUUUGUCUUUAAUUCCUCCAUAG